CGAAAUGUUUCUGACGCAUUUAUCUCACUUCUUGGUCGUAACGUGCGCGCACACACUGCAGUUACCUUCUGGUGAGAAAAUGCACCAUUCUGCUCUUUUCCGUCCCUCCCCAUCUCUACUCUCACAUCUUCACUGCGCUCGACACGCCAGGGAUAACUGUACUGAAAAUUUCGCCAUUGAGGGUCGGAAUUUGAAUUACUCCAUCACGACCAGGCAGGGGAAACCUUUGCCGAUUCUAAAGGACUGUUCGCUUCGAAUUCCUUCGAGGCAACUGUGGAUGCUUCUCGGACCAAAUGGGUGUGGAAAAUCUACCCUUUUGAAGAUUUUGGCUGGUCUCUUGAAGCCAACUGAUGGAAUUGUUCAUGUAAAGAAACCGAAGAGUUUUGUUUUUCAAAACCCAGAGCAUCAGGUAGUGUUACCUACAGUGGAGGCUGAUGUUGCAUUUGGCCUCGGUAAGUUCAACCUGACCUAUGGUGAAGUAAGGUCCAGAGUGCUAAAAGUGGUAGACGAUGUGGACAUGUCUAAUUACCUGCAAAGGCCAGUUCAAACUCUUAGUGGUGGUCAAAAGCAGAGGAUUGCCAUUGCUGGUGCUUUAGCCGAAGCAUGUAGAGUAUUGUUGCUGGAUGAACUCACAACAUUUCUGGAUGAAAAUGACCAGGUUGGUGUGCUAAAAGCUGUUAGAAAGUCUCUAGAUAGUUCUGAAGAGGUUACUGUUCUCUGGGUGACCCAUCGUUUGGAAGAACUUGAAUAUGCAGAUGGUGCAGUCUACAUGGAAGACGGGAAAGUUGUGAUGCAGGGUGAUGCAGUUAGAAUAAGGCAUUUAAUUCAAGACAGCUGUCUUUUGUGGAAGAUUGGCCAGCCAGAGACUCUCAGCAAACCCAUGAUUUAUUUUUAGUUAAAGUCUACAGUGGAAAAUCAAUAUAUGUGUACACAGGUACAACUGACAAGUAAGAAUUCAUUUUGGUAUGGUUAUCAGAACUUGUCUCCAUUGCUGCUAGCUUUUUCAUUAAUUCUUUUGGAAUUCUCACAAUUGAUUUGAGUAUUUUGCUUGGGCACUAUUGUUAC